GUUUCAUUACUCAAGUUUUUUUUUUUUUUUUUUUUUGCUAAAUUGUAAAUAUCAUUCAUGAAUGAAAGUUUGGUUACAACAAAGUUGAACUAGAUUCUGCUCGAAAGCUGGUUUGUUCUUAGAAGCCGCAAAAAAUUAAAAAACUCCUAAGAAACAUGAAGAAUUAAACCAAUAUAGACGUCAUACGCCAAUCCUAGUGUUAAUUAAAUUCAGAACAAAAGACAACACAACACCCUAAUUUCUUGUUUCAUUACUCAAGUUUUAUUUGGUUUUUAAGUUUUUAUUGGUAAGACUAACAUGCAACAGAAACAUAAAAAUGGAAAGAACAGAAUCUAUAACCCCUGUAACCUGAAACAACAGCUUAACAGAACAAGACACGAAUAAGAAAGAAGGCGAAACCCAUAAAACCUUGUCCAGCUCUUCAAAAUAAUCAUCGAAUAAAGAGACAUAUCUAAUCAUUCGAGUUUUUCAAGAGUGAUUAAUCAAAACUAAAAGAAACUUAUGGAGGAAACGCAGCCGUUACUGAUAGCGUCAUUGCCUGAGGCACCAAGAAAGCCGAAGUCAAAAGUACAGAAAAUGGCGAGGAAAGCAUUCAAAGGAACAGCCCAUCUCUCCAAUCUCCUCCCGACCGGUUCGGUAAUGGGUUUUCAAAUAAUGUGUCCAGUCCUAUCUCAUCAGGGUCAGUGUCCGACCAUCGCCAGUCGCUGGCUCACCUGCUUCCUCGUCUUCGUCUGCGCCGUCUCCUGCUUCCUCCUUUCCUUCACCGACUCCUUCAGAGACCCACGCGGCAAGGUCAGGUACGGCUUGGCGACGCGGAGUGGUUUAUCUGUGAUGGAAGGAUCGAUUACUCUAACGGAUGAGGAGAAAGAAAAAUAUAAGCUCAGGUUUCUUGAUUUCGUGCAUGCAUUCAUGUCGAUGCUGGUCUUCUUCGCAAUCUCCAUGAUUGAUCAGAACGUGAUCCGUUGUUUAUUCCCUGUUCCUUCUGAAGACAUCAAGGAGCUUCUCACCAGUUUGCCUAUCAUCAUCGGCGUUAUUUGCGGCGGCUUCUUCCUCGUGUUCCCCACUCGCCGUCACGGCAUUGGAUCUCCACUCACCAAAGAAUAAGUCCAUUAAAAAAGGACAAACUAUUGUAAACACAACUUCAGUUUUUGUACCAAAAUCUUUAAAGAAUUGCAUGAAAUUUUUCUGUAAAACGUAUAUUACCAACACAAACAUAACAAGACAAAAGCAAAAGCUGUAAUGAUGAUUCAUUCAACCAAGAAGCUUCUUGAAACCA